GGUAUUUUGAGCUGAAACUUCACAGACACAUUCAGGGGACACCUUAGACUUAUAUUACAUCUUGUGAAAGAACAUUCUAGGGCACCUUUAAGAUGCAAGAAACUAUUUCGCUUUCACAUUUAGUAGUCCAUCAAAUGAAAGGGAAUUCACCCUGAUGCAGAAGAAAACUAAAAGAAAACCAUGACACCAUCCAUAGCAAACCUGCCAAGCGAGUUGCACCGUGUGUUUUUCCCCUCUCCAUUCAUACUCAUGAAAUGCUGAAAGCCAUUGACUGUGAAAGUGAACGACAGACGUCAGCUGACCUGUUCUGUCAUUCAUUCACCUGGUGAAAAGGUACUUUUGGAAUCCUUGUGUAAGAAGCGUUUGCACUGAAGCCCAGCCAUACAGCCUUCAUAUACUGGGUAUUUCUUUUUAAAAUAUAGUCUAUAAGUUAUUCAGACUGAGCUAUUCGGACUCAUCCAGCGCUCUGAACUCUCAGACAGCAGUCAGAUCUGGCACUUACGCGUUAAGGAAGACGUGAUUCAGAAUGAGAAGGGUGUAGGAGGAGGAGUUUGAAUUCAAAAAAAGCAGGUUGCUGCUUUCACUUAUGGUUUUUAACAUACAGAAUAAGCAGCAGAUUGCUGUUUGCUCCAGUGAUUGUGGAUCCACGUUUUUCCAAGUAAUUUCAUCUGGCGGAUCAACCUAAAAUCAAGACGAUGUAAAGAGGAAUUAUGUUUCUGCAAAGUGAUGUUUAACACACGCUGGACAGACCUUCGUCGCUCGAACAGGGAUGGCCAGUAUCAGGGGCUCAGCAAAUGCACUCAUUAACAGGAAGAAUAUUAGAAAUUUACAAGAUGUCUGUGAGCAAUAUCCGAAGCAAGAGCCAAAGUUCGACUGGCUUACCAAGUACCGCAAGGUGUCAAAAGGAGCCAGAUCACUGAGAAAGUCAAUCGGAGCGACGAAUAUCAAGAUGAGUCAAAUCAAGAAAUCAGAAAGAGCCAACAGCAAGAGAGAGGACGAGCGGAGCAGAGACAGUGUGCACGAAAGUCAGGAGAGAGAUGACCUGAUCCGAAACUCCCAGCACAUCCUGUCAAAUAAAGACCAGAUGCUCGGCAUGCCCCAGUUUGGCCUGCGGGAUAACCUCAUCAAAUGUGAGCUCCUCAAGAACGAGGACGCCUACACCUACAUCCAGAACUACAGCUUUUUCUUAGGAACCUACAAUGUGAAUGGCCAGAAUCCAAAGGAAAGUCUCAGCCCAUGGCUGGCAUCUUCCGCCACCCCUCCAGACUUCUACCUUGUGGGUUUCCAGGAGCUGGACCUCAGCAAGGAGGCGUUUCUCUUCAAUGAUACUCCUAAAGAGCCGGAGUGGAUGUUAGCCGUGUACAAGGGCCUCCAUCCAGAUGCCAAGUACGCUUUAGUGAAGCUGGUGCGGUUGGUGGGAAUCAUGCUGUUGUUCUAUGUGAAGAAGGAGCAUGCGGAGCACAUCUCUGAGGUGGAGGCCGAGACCGUCGGCACAGGCGUCAUGGGGCGGAUGGGUAAUAAAGGUGCAGUAGCCGUCCGCUUCCAGUUUCACAACUCGGACAUCUGUGUGGUGAACUCCCACCUCGCCGCGCACACCGACGAGUUCGAAAGACGCAAUCAGGACUUUAAGGACAUUUGCCGCAGGAUUCAAUUCCGGCAGGAUGACCCCACACUACCGCCCCUCACCAUCAUGAAACACGAUGUUGUGUUAUGGCUGGGAGAUCUAAACUACCGAAUAAGUGAACUUGAAGUUGAUCAUGUGAAGGACUUGAUAGCUAAAAAGGAUUUUGAGACCCUGUGUAAUCAUGACCAGCUGAAGCGGCAGAUGGAUGAGGAGGUUGUGUUUGUGGGCUUCACAGAGGGAGAGAUUGAUUUCCAACCCACAUACAAAUACGACACUGGCUCAGAUCAGUGGGAUACGAGUGAGAAGUGUCGAGUACCAGCGUGGUGUGACCGCAUCCUGUGGAGGGGGAAGAGCAUUAAACAGCUUAAUUACCAGAGUCACAUGACCCUGAAGACCAGUGACCACAAACCCGUCAGCUCUCUGCUAGAGAUAGGGAUCAAGGUUGUGAACGAGGAGUCCUACAAACGGACGUUCGAAGAGAUCGUGAGGCGCAUCGACAGACUGGAGAAUGAUUGUAUUCCUUCAGUGACGCUGUCUCAAAGAGAGUUCCACUUCCAGGAUGUGAAGUUCAUGCAGCAUCAGGCACAGACUGUGACCGUUCACAAUGAUGGACAGGUGCCGUGUCAGUUUGAGUUCAUUCAGAAGCUGGACGAGCCGGCCUACUGCAAGCCCUGGCUAACAGCAAACCCAUCUAAAGGCUUCCUGGCCCAGGGUGCCAGUGUGGACAUCGACCUGGAGGUGUUUGUGAACCGCUCUACCGCUCCAGAGCUGAACUCCGGCCAGCAGCAGCUGGAGGACAUCCUGGUCCUGCACCUGGAGAGGGGUAAAGAUUACUUCAUCUCCAUCACGGGCUCCUACCUUCCCAGCUGCUUCGGCUCUUCUCUCAGUACACUGUGCAUGCUGAGGGAACCCAUCCAGGAGAUGCCACUGGAGACCGUCAGAGAGCUGAGUUUGAAGUCAAAUAGCGACGUGAGUAACCCAGAGACGGAUAAACCUCAAGAAAUCCCCAAGGAAUUAUGGAUGAUGGUGGACCAUCUCUUCCGUUAUGCAAAAAAACAGGAAGACCUCUUUCAACAGCCCGGCCUGCGCACGGAGUUCGAGGAGAUUCGGGAUUGUUUGGACACGGGCAGCUUGGACACUCUCCCUGGCAGUAACCACUCGGUGGCCGAAGCCCUGCUCCUGUUCCUCGAUGCCCUCCCUGAACCCGUGGUUCCCUUCUCCUUCUACCCGCAGUGCUUGGACUGCUGCUCGGACGGCAGCCAGUGCAGACAGAUCAUUUCCACUCUACCUCAGUGCCAUAAAAAUGUUUUUAACUAUUUAACGGCCUUCCUUCAAGAGUUGUUGAAGCACUCCGCACACAAUCGGCUGGACGCCACUAUUUUAGGCCCGAUCUUCGCUGGCCUUUUGUUCAGGUCGCCCACAAAGCAAGAUCCCACAGAGAAAAGAAAGGUGAAGGAGUUUUUCCAGCAUUUCUUAGUCCAGACCCCGUCUGACAGAGACAUUCAUGAUAAAUUACCUGAAUAAUGGACUGCGUCAUCAUGUUGCCUUUCCUUUGUUUCACAUGCCUAGUUUUUUCAGGUAUCAGCAGAAUUAUGUCCAUAAACUUUGUAGUUGCCAUUUAAUGCAGAGCAUUUUAAACCAUCAUUGAAACUAAUUGGUUUUAUUACAAAUCAGAUGGGAGUUUUUAUUUGAAAAAUAAUGGUUAUUUAAUGAAAUAUAUUUGUAUUUUGGAUGUUUGUAAAUACAGAACAGCUGUUCUUUUAUAUUAAAUCUAAACAAUCGCAACAA